UCCCUGCAGAUUAAAUAGAACCCGCGCGCACAACCAGACCAUCUCACAAGCAGCAAUAAGCGCUAGCACACCAGUUUCUUCAAUCCCACUGGUACAAUGGCCAGUUAUCCGUAUUAUUCCCCGCCACCACCUUCGCCACCACUGCCAUCACCACCACCACCUUCAUCAUAUCCUCACGACUCACCACCACCAGCAGCACCACCUUCACCACCAUGUAACGAAACUACUAUAACACUCCCACCUCCACCCCCACCACCACAAUCACCAGCAUGUAACAACACUACUCCAACUAUAUUACCACCUUUGCCGCCCCCACUAGCACCGCCACCGUCACUACCACCGCCACAAUUGCCACUGCAGCCACGACCUUCAUCUUACUACUCCCCACCACAACCUUCACCACCACCACCAUCAUCUCCACCAGUACCUCCGUCAUACUACUCCCCACCACUACUUUCACCACCACCACCUGCAUGUAACGACACUACUCCAACUAUAUUACCACCUUUGCCGCCUCCACUAGCACCCCCACCAUCACCGCCACCGCCACAAUUGUCACUGCCACCACCACCUUCAUCUUACUACUCCCCACCACAACCUUCACCAUUGCCACCAUCAUCUCCACCACCACCACCAUGUAACGAAACUACUACAACACUCCCACCUCCACCCCCACCACCACCACCACCAUCACCAGCAUGUAACGACACCACUCCAAUAUUACCACCUUUGCUGCCUCCACUAGCACCACCACCGUCACCGCCACAAUUGCCAAUGCGGCCACCACCUUCAUCUAACUACUCCCCGCCACCACCUUCACCACCACCACCAUUUCCACCAUCACCUCCGUCAUACUACUCCCCACCACUACUUUCACCACCACCUCCACCUGCAUGUAACGACACUACUCCAACUAUAUUACCACCUUUGCCGCCUCCACUAGCACCACCACCGUCACCGCCACCGCCGCAAUUGUCAUUGCCACCACCACCUUUAUCUUACUACUCCCCACCACAACCUUCACCACUGCCACCAUCAUCUCCACCACCACCUCCGUCAUACUACUCUCCACCACUACUUUCACCACCACCACCAGCAUGUAACGAAACUACUCCAGCUAUAUUACCACCUUCGUCGCCUCCACUAGCACCACCACCGUCACCGCCACCGCCACCGCCACAAUUGCCACUGCCACCACCACCUUCAUCUUACUACUCCCCACCACCUCCUUCAUACUACUCCCCACCACUACUUUCACCACCACUACCAUCUUCACACCCACCCCAUAAACAACCACCACCACCACCAUCACCAUCACCUUUACCAUCAAGACCACCAAUACCACCACCACCUCCACCAUCAAUACCACCACCUUCACACCCACCCCAUAAACAUCCACCACAUAAUCUGCCGUCACCACCUUCUUCACCACCACCACCACCACCGCCAUCAUCACAUCCCACACCUCCACCAUUGUCACCACCACCGAAAACACCUACACUACCGCCACCAUCUCAUCCAUCGCCUUCAAUAUCGCCCCCAUUACAUCCACCACCUUCACCAAUACCUUUACCACCUACUGUGUUGCCACCUUCACACCCACCACCUUCAUUUCCGCCACCACCACCGCCGCCGCCAUCAUCACAUCCCACACCUUCACCAUCAUCACCACCACCUAAAACACCUACACUACCGCCACCAUCUCAUCCAUCACCUUCAAUAUCGCCACCAUUACAUCCACCACCUUCACCAUCACCUUUACCACCUACUGUGUUUCCACCUUCACACCCACCACCUUCAUUACCGCCACCAAGUCCACCACCUUCACCUUUACCCCCCGCACUAAACCCACCUCCAGUGCCACCACCAUCAAGUCCACCACCUCUAGUGCCACCACCAUCAAAUCCCCCACCUUUAUUGCCACCGCCAUUAAGUCCACCACCUACACCAUUACCACCUCCUCAUCCAUCUCCUUUAGUUCCACCACCAUCACAUCCACCACUUUCACCAUUGUCACCGUCACUAUCACCACCUACACUACCACCAUCAUACACACCACCACCUUCUCUACUGCCGCCAUCAUCCUCACCCCCGUUUCCUCCGAUACUCACCCCAGAACCACUAAAAAGUUCUCCAUCUCAUAGCCAUCGCACAGUUCUUCUUGCCACUUUUGUCUCUCUUGGUGGAUUGUUCUUUCUUGCAUUCCUUGCAAUUGGUCUCUUUUGCGUGCAUAAGAAGAAAAAGUUAAAUGCAGCAAACAGACUUCAAGGUGUUUCUCAUGCAAGUGUGGAGCAAGGAGAAGUUCACACCUCUCAGAGCAUCGCCCCAGCUAACCAAAGUGUAGCUGUCAAUAUAAAUGACCAAAAUCUGAAUGUUAAGCCCCAAUCUUAUGGUGACGGCAGUGCGGAAGCAGAAGAAAAUGACCCUGAGGAAUUAGGAUCUGAAGAUGACGAUGAAGAAUCAGAUCAAUCUAAAGAUUCAAAUAAAAGUUCUCGUCGCGAUGAUGAAGAAUCAGAUCAAUCUCAAGAUUCCGAUAAAAGUUCUCGUCGCCGGAAACGUGGUCGUACCAAAAAAAGCGAGCCUAAAACAGAUCAAUCUCAAGAUUCUGAUAAAAGUUCUCGUCGCCGGACACGUGGUUCCAGUGGUCGUACCCAAAAGAGCGAGCCUAAAACAGAUCAAUCUAAAGAUUCAGCUAACAGUUCUCGUCACCGUGAUCGUAAAGGUGAACUGGAAUCGCAAGAAGAUAAUGAUAAAUCAAAUGGUUCAGAUAAAGAUUCUCGCCGUCGCGAUAAACGUGAGUCUCGUCGUCGUAGUCAUGCGCGAGCAAACAAAGACAAAGGGCCUUCCACGUCCAACCGUGAUACGGACGACCGCAAAACUUCAUAAUCUAUGAUCACCUGCUUUCUCCUUCAAAUUCUGGUUGAUCGAGUUUCUUGCAUGCAUGGGUAUUGUGAGUUGUGAUUGUAUUAGUUUUACUACUUUAACGCAAUUCUUUACCUAGUGUUUUUAUUUUGAAUGAAUUGUCGUAUUUUGUUUAUUUAGUCAAUGUGAGUGAAAAUAAGAGAGAGCAUUCAAUCUCGAAAUUCAUUUUAGUUUGUACAAUCAAUUUCACUUUUAGAUGUUAAUUUUCAUUUUAUA